AUGGAGCCUUUGUAUGAAAGGUUCAGAAAGCAAGCGCCUCCAGUAUUUCUGGGAGGCCCUGAUGUUCUUAAAGCUGAGCAGUGGUUGACUGUUGUUGAGAGAAUACUGAACUUUAUGGGAGUGGCUGGAAAUGAUAGGGUGGCAUGUGCCACGUUCCAAUUUCAGGAGGAUGCCCUGAUUUGGUGGGAAAUGGUAUCCCUCACCAGGGAUGUGACCAGAAUGACCUGGGAAGAGUUCCGAGAAUUGUUCAACGCCAAAUAUUACAAUGAGGCGGUCCGCAGUGCAAAGCGGAAGGAAUUUAUUGAGUUGGUACAAGGUGAGAGUAUGUCAGUGACCGAGUAUACCACCAAGUUUGACCGCUUGGCCAAGUUGGCCUCCGGAAUUGUACCAACAGAUUUCAGCAAGAAAGAAAAGUAUUUGGCUGGACUGAAUGCCAAAAUCAGACAUGACUUGGUUAUUACAACAAGUGAUACCACAACCUAUGCAGAAAUGGUUGAUAAGGCUCUUCGAGCCGAAGGGGCAGUAAAAUUUUUACAAGAAACCCGAGAGUCUUUUGGUGUUGGUGGGGUUACUACUCUCCCUAUGUCGGGUCCUGAGAAAGAGAGUGGGGGUUCUACCUUUGAACAGAAGAAAAGAACUUUUCCAUCUUCGGGAAGUUCAGGGCAAGGAAAAAGGAAAGACUGCCCUCAGUUGAAGAAAGAGGAACCGAAGCCCGAGGUCAAACCUGUAUCUGCUCCUGCUCGUGUUUUUGCUAUAACUCAGGCAGAUGCUGCUGCCAGUCCUUCAGUGGUUGCAGUUUGUUAG